UUAGAGUUUCUCGUUGUGGCCAACGGAAGUUGAAGUCGCCACUAUUACGAUUGAUUCUUUUUCAGGAGAAUUGUGUAGCCUACACGUUGUCGUUACAGUGAGCCACAAUGCAGAUUUUCGUCAAGACUUUGACGGGAAAGACUAUCACCCUUGAGGUUGAGCCUUCUGAUACCAUCGAAAAUGUCAAAGCCAAGAUUCAGGAUAAAGAGGGAAUUCCUCCAGACCAACAGCGAUUGAUUUUCGCUGGGAAACAACUCGAGGAUGGGCGUACUCUCUCUGAUUACAACAUCCAAAAGGAAUCAACUCUGCACUUGGUGCUUCGUCUUCGUGGCGGUGUGAUCGAGCCCACCCUGAGAAUCCUAGCUCAGAAGUACAAUUGCGACAAGAUGAUCUGUCGCAAGUGCUACGCACGUCUUCACCCAAGAGCAACAAAUUGCCGCAAGAAGAAGUGCGGACACACGAACAACAUCCGCCCCAAGAAGAAGUUGAAGUAAACUGUGGGAUCACGGGCAGGUCUUCGAAGAAUAUUCUAUUUUUUCGAUUAUGCAGACGAACGCAAAGCCUGUGUCCUAUUUCUAUCAAUAAAUAAAACAUCAAAAUGA